GAUAGAUAGAUAGAUAGAUAGAUAGAUAGAUAGAUAGAUAGAUAGAUAUUAUAUAAAAAAACUGCCAUUAGUCAUUGGACUAGCAAACAAGUCUAUUGGAUCAACAUGCAUGUGCUCAGCGUGCUGUCCAUCCUGAUCCUCACCUCAUGCCUGUGUGAUGGCAGAAGAUCAAGAGGAAAUGGAGCAGAGGUGUUCGGGUUGAAGACAAAGACACACUAUAAGCCCAAAUCCAUGUUCAGGAUGUAUACUCAUGGGAAGGAUAUGGAGGACUCCUGUACUAUCGAGCUCUUUCAAGCCCACACCCUGCAGUCCUGCAGCUUCAACACCAGCCACCCGCUGGUCAUCAUUAUCCAUGGAUGGUCGAUGGACGGGAUGAUAGAAAGCUGGAUCACACGACUUGCCUCUGCACUUAAGAGCACACACGAAAACAUUAACAUUGUGGUCAGUGACUGGCUGACCUUGGCACAGCAACACUAUCCCAUCGCUGUUCAGAACACACGAGUGGUGGGGCAGGAAAUCGCCCGGCUGCUCAUGUGGCUCGAGGAUCUCACCCAGUUUCCUGUAGGUAACGCUCAUCUUAUCGGGUACAGUCUGGGCGCUCACAUCGCAGGAUUUGCUGGAAGUAAUUUAGCCGCCUCAGGGAGGAUUUUGGGAAGAAUCACAGGCCUAGACCCAGCAGGCCCACUGUUUGAAGGCAUGUCCUCUACAGACAGACUCUCCCCAGACGAUGCCAGGUUCGUAGACGCCAUUCACACAUUCACCCAGCAGCACAUUGGGCUCAGCGUGGGCAUCAGACAACCAGUCGCCCACUAUGACUUCUACCCCAACGGAGGAUCCUUUCAGCCCGGGUGCCACCUGCACGUUCAGAACCUCUACGCCCAUCUUUCUCAGUACGGCCUCAUGGGUUUCCAGCAGACAGUCAAGUGUGCCCAUGAGCGAGCUGUGCAUCUUUUUAUUGACUCUCUCUUGAAUAGAGACAAACAGAUCAUGGCCUACAAAUGCAGAGACAACAAAGCAUUUAACAAGGGCGUCUGUCUAGACUGCCGCAAAAACCGCUGCAACACUCUCGGCUACGACAUCAAGAAGGUCCGAACAAACACCAGCAAGAGACUGUAUCUCAAAACCCGCUCGAUUAUGCCAUACAAACUGAACCACUUUCAGUUUAGGAUCCAGCUCUCUACUCGCUUUGAAAAGAUCGAUCCUUCUCUCACCGUCAAACUCACCGGCACUCUGGAGGAAAGCGAAACCCUGCCGAUCACCCUAGUAAAGGAAGUCUCAGGCAACAAGACUCACACCUUCCUCAUCACUGUCGACUCGGACAUCGGAGACCUGAAAAUGAUCCACCUCACCUGGGAAGCAGGAACACUGUGGACCAAUAUGUGGAGCAAAGUGAAGACUAUCAUGCCAUGGGUGAGCAAGGAGGAUGGGCCGCAGAUCACCAUCAGCAGGAUUCGGGUCAAAGCUGGGGAGACACAGCAGAGAACCUCUUUUUGUGCUCAGUCAGAAGACACAGUGUCUCUCCAACCCUCUGAGGAGAAGCUGUUUGUUCGCUGUGAUGAAAGGCGAGAAAAGCCGGAGAGCGUGAGGUCACAUGGCUGAAGGACAGCGCAGGGGAUAUUUUGCGCUUGCGCACACAUGACAUUGUAAUGUAAGUGUGUAAAAAAACAAAACAAAAAUAAACAAUAACAAAAAAACAACAACUGGACCUCCUGAGGUUGAGGCUGACGUGACCCAGAAGAAGUUACUGUUCGAGUCCCAGGUGUAUUAAGAUCCCAUUUCAUUAAUCUAAAUCACAAGAAAGCUCAGGUGAAGUGUGGAAGCUGGACUUCAGGAGAAAAAUCGUUUUCAAGCUGACGAGAAAUACUUUUGAUUAGUAUAAACUUUUCAGCACAGACAAAAUUUGAGGAUUUUCAUUUGAGGUUUCAUCUAUUUGUAAAAAUCUAAAUGUUCUAAUAAACAGAUAAUUCAACAAAAGCUAAAUCUUUUUGGAGAAAAUACGGGUCUAUGAAUUCAAGACCAAGACAGAUCAAUAAAUCGUACGAAUCACAGCAAUAAUUUAACUACAUAAACAAAAGUUUGUGGACACCUAAACAAUAGAUUGUGCUUUUUGAACAUCUCAUUCCACAUUUAGUCUCCAUUUGCUCUUAUAAUAACCUCCACCCUUCUUGGAAAAUGUUCUACUAGAACGUAUGGAGAUUCUGGGGUGCAGUCAACGUUCAUAUCCAUUGUUCAAUAGGGUUGAGGGUCUGAGCUCUAAAGCAGAUCUUCCACACCAACCCAUGUAUCUUCAUGGAGCUGACUUUGUGCACAGGGGCAUCAUUAUGCUGGAACAGGUUUGGGUCUCCUAGAUCAAGUGAAGGGUACAUUUCAAUUGUGUGACUCCAAGUGUGUGUGUGUGGGAGAAAGAAGCGAAGUGAAGUCGGGUGUCCCGAUACUUUUGGACAUAUAUAAUAUACCAUACCAUUUUGCAGUGGUUAAUGUAAGCUCUCCCUCAAAACAGUGGACAUUAGAUGAAUCCAGACAACCUCCAAAACCAGUGAGCCAACGUCUUCCUGGAAAGAACGUCCCCCACGUCCCCCCCGACCGUGUGAACAAACAGCGUGCUGAAAUGUCUCUCUUUAUUU